CGGCGGGGCGCAGGGCGGUGGGUGGGUGCGAGCGGGGGGUGUCUGUGCGCGCCGCCGCCAUGCGGGAGCGGAGGCCGGCACCGGCCGCUCCGGCCCGGUGCAAGCUGGUGCUGGUGGGUGACGUGCAGUGCGGCAAGACGGCCAUGCUGCAGGUGCUGGCCAAGGAUUGCUAUCCCGAGACGUACGUGCCCACCGUGUUUGAGAACUACACGGCGUGUCUGGCCAGCGAGGAGCAGCGGGUGGAACUGAGCCUCUGGGACACCUCCGGCUCCCCUUACUAUGACAACGUGCGUCCCCUGUGCUACAGCGACUCGGACGCUGUCCUGCUCUGCUUUGACGUCAGCCGGCCCGAGACCCUGGACAGCGCGGCCAAGAAGUGGAAGACAGAAAUCCUGGAUUAUUGCCCCAACACCCGGGUGCUGCUCAUCGGCUGCAAGACGGACCUGAGGACAGACCUGAGCACACUCCUGGAGCUCUCACACCAGAAACAGGCCCCCAUCUCCUACGAGCAGGGCUGCGCGGCCGCCAGGCAGUUGGGAGCCGAGGGUUACCUGGAAUGCUCGGCUUUCACCUCGGAGAAGAGCGUGCACAGCAUCUUCCGGACCGUGUCCGGGCUCUGCCUGAGCAGCGCCGCCCCGCAGCCGCCCCGCAGCCCCGGCCGCAGCCUCUCCAAGCGCCUCCUGCACCUCCCCAGCCGCUCCGAGCUCAUCUCCUCCACCUUCAAGAAGGAAAAAGCAAAAAGCUGCUCCGUCAUGUGAAGGGGGGAAGGGAAGGACACACACACCUCCCCUCCCCCCCACACCCGCCUUUGGAACCCCCCCAAGCGCCCGGAAUGGGCUGGGGGGGCUGGGCAGGGCUCGGGAUCUCCCCCCCCGUCUAAAGGAGGGUGGGGGGUGAUGCUUUUGCUUGGCAUCAUUGCCCUGGGAGGGGGGUUUGGGGAGUGUCCUCCCCCGGUUCCCAACCCUGAGGGGGUCCCUGGUGGGUUUGGGGUGCUCAGACCUUCAAGGACAUCAACCCGGAGAGGUCCCUGGGGGGUUUGGGGUGCACAGGACCCUGGGGAUGCCAAUCCAGGGGGGUCCCUGGGGGGUUUGCGGUGCUCAGACCUUCAAGGACAGAAACCCAGAGUGGUCCCUGUGGGGUUUGGGGUGCACAGGACCUUGGGGACAUCAACCCGGGGGGGUUGGGGUGCUCAGACCCUCAGGGACAUCGCCUAGGAUGGUCCCUGUGGGGUUUGGGGUGCACAGGACCCUUGGGACACCAGUCCAGGGGGGUCCCUGGGAGGUCUGGGGUGCUCAGAACCCUGGGGACAUCACCUGGGAUGGUCACUGUGAGGUCUGGGGUGCUCAGACCCUCAAGGACAUCAACCCUGGGGGUUUGGGGUGCUCAGACCCUCAGGGACAGCAACCCAGGGGGGUCCCUUUGGGGUUUGGGGUGCUCACACCCUCAAGGAUGUCACCUGGGAUGGCCCCUGGGGGUUUGGGGGACACAGGGACGCCGUCCUGGGGAUCCCUGGGGGGUUUGGGGUGCACAUCAUGGGACUCAUCCAUGGACUCAUCCUGUUCUCUCCCUCUUCCCCCCAUCCCUCAUCUGCUGCUUGGCCCUGGGGGACCCUGUGGGCUGGGGAGGGGGGAGGGGAGGGCUGUUUUAUGGACUAUAUUUGGGGGGGGAUGGGGGGGUGUCUCUGUUCCAUGUCAGUGUUAUUAAAAAAGCUUAUUUAUUAUCAGAAAUAUAACACCUACCUAUGUGCA